AUGAGGAGGUAUUCAAAAGGCUCCGCCUUGGGAACAAGGAAAUUCCAUCUCUGUCCCAUAUCAUGGGAGUCAAAAACAAAAUUGGUUCAUAGAAGAACCUUGAUCCUUUUCAAUGAACUUCACGCUUCUCAAGAUGGGCUUAAUUUCAAGGGCUGGAUCUCUCCCGAAAGGACCAACAUAUGGGAGGUUGUAGAUGACUUCAACCUUUCUAAGGACAACGAGGUCACUACCAUUGCUUUCAUAUACAGGCUCACAGGCACAGUGUGGCAGGAAGUGGUCCACGCAUGGCGUAAUGUUAUAGACAAGGCUUCGGAGCACAUUCGGACCUCCGAAAAGCUCGCACUCGACAAAGGCCUCUCUAUAGAGCAACUAGAAACUCUGGCACAAGAUACAUGGGAAGAUUCACUAUCCUGGUUCACCAUCCGCAAACUCCUCAUUGCUCAUCAGAAAAUGAUCUCCAAAUCGCAAUCAGAUCUCAAGGCUCUUGCUAAGCUCGUGGGUCUGACAGAAGAAAAGAACCAAUUGCGGGCAUGCCUUGAUGAAUUGAAAGAGCUGGAAACUAUCGUCUCCCAAGACUUUAGCACACGCGGACAAAGUAUCUCGAGUCUGGUCUACAAUAUAAUCGGCGUACGAAAUGCUCAAGCUGCACAAACAUAUAGUGAAAGUAUGGGCCGCAUCACUUGGAUCUCAUUCAUCUUCUUUCCACUAAUUGCAGUUUCGGUAAGCAUCUCUGCAAACAUACGGAUGAGUCUUGUUGAUCAAUCAGCUGACGCCAGUGUUGUGUCACAGGGUCUUUUUGGCAUGAAUAUAGAUCUUUUAGCCAACAACCCAUCCGUAAAAUGGUACUUUAUCGUCGCAGUACCUUUUUUGGCGUUGGUUUUAGGGUUAGCGUUGAUUCUGAACUAUGCUGCUCCUAUCAUGGCAAAGGUGAGGAGCAAGAAAGACUGA